GACAUCUUGAAUCGACCGCCGCGCACUACAAAGCGAUCGCUGUGCUGCUCGUCAUCUCACCUGUCAUCUCAAACGACCAUAAUCAUGUGCUCCCCGGAAGUCAAAUCGUUCCUCAAGUCCCUGCCAAAAUGCGAACACCACAUGCACCUGGAGGGUGCCCUGACUCCUGAGGUGCUCUUCACAUUAGCCAGCAAGAACAACAUCACCUUGCCUAGCGAUGAUCCAGCAUUCGCCUCGCCCGGGCGUCUGCUGCAGCGCUAUGACAACUUCACAUCUCUAGACGACUUUCUCCAUUACUAUUACAUUGGCAUGAGCGUCCUGAUCGACGCAUCCGAUUUCGAGAGUCUGGCAUGGGACUAUUUCAAACAUGCGAACGCGGACGGGGUGGUUCAUGCGGAGCUCUUCUUCGACCCUCAGGCCCACCUGUGCCGUGGCGUAUCAUACGACAUCAUCCUCACUGGCUUCAGGGCCGCUCGAAAGCGCGCACAGACCGAAUUCGGUAUUACAAGCGAGCUGAUCUGCUGCUUCCUGCGCCAUCUUCCUGUGCCGGAAUGUCACUCCACCUUCAAUCUCCCCGAGAUCCAGGACAGCUUUCAUCGCGGAGAUAUCCUUGGCAUCGGCCUCGACUCGAGCGAGAAUGGGUUCCCUCCGGAGAACUUUGAGCAAAUAUACAAGGCUGCAACGGACCUGGGUCUUCGACGCACUGCUCAUGCAGGUGAGGAAGGUCCGGCAGAGUAUAUCAAAAACGCCCUUGAUGUUCUCGGAGUAGAACGCAUCGAUCAUGGCAUCCGACUCGCGGAGGAUCUCGAUCUGCUUGAUCGCGUAGCCAAGUCGGGCACGCUGCUGACUGUCUGUCCCAUGUCCAACGUGCUCUUGCGAUGCGUGACCAAGGUUUCGGAACUGCCAAUUCGGAAGUUCAUUAACUCUGGAGUCAAAUUCUCGAUCAACUCGGAUGAUCCGGCUUAUUUUGGCAACAACUACAUCCUCGACAAUUAUGUUGCGGUGCAAGAAGCCUUCGAUCUUACCACCGUAGAAUGGGAAACCAUCUGUCGGAAUGCGAUUGAGGGAAGCUGGUGCUGUCGAUCUCGGAAAGACGAAAUGUUGUUGAAAUUGAAAGAAGUGGUAGAGGGCCUGGCUCACAGCUGAUCUGGCUCAACAAGCUGUGAAGCUCUCCGCUGAGAAUGAUUGACAUGCCAAGACCGCACUUCUGUCCGACCGUCACUUACCGCGGCAGCAGGAAAGUGUUCCGACGCAUGGUGCUGGGUCGUUCGCUAAACGAAUCCUCAUGCCCGGGCAGCAGCGACGACUCAUCACUUCCUCCAACACUCCCUGCAAACGAAGCGAUCGACUCGAUUCGAACUUCUCGUCGUUAGCGAUUUCUUCCCUUCUUCCAAGGAAUAAUUCCAAGCUACGCUGCGGCGCUCACACCAUAGUAGUGUACCGAAUUGCUGGAAUGAUCAGUGAGCCACAGCCGCCUUACGUGAACUCUACCAUAUCAAACUUCUUCCCACCAAGCCAUGUCGCACACACCACCCACGCGACAAAGCGGCGGUGCUGACUCGCGCUCAUGUCAUCAUCACAAGCUUUCAAGUCUCCAAAAGAUAGCGGCACAUGAUGGAAAGCAAUUCCGCGACGCCCCCAGCCGGCGGCAAGAACCAAGGCUUCCUGGCUGCCGAUGUUGAUGACGCCCAAAUCUCAUCUCAUUAUUCUCUUCACCUCAUAUUCCAGGCCUUGCCUGGUCAUAACUCGGAUAAAAGUAAGGAUCAGUUUUGCCAGAACGUAGCUUACCAUGUGCUUCGCCGAACAAAUAAUACAACACAUCGGCGUUCCCCCGAGAUAGUCAAGGAAUCG